AUUAGUGGGUAAGGCUUUUUACUCCCACAGUGGUCUACAUCUCUCACCUGAUCGCUUACUACUUAUCCCUGGUAACAAAAACAACAAUGCGCGGACUUGUACUUCUCUUCCUGUGUUGGGCUGUGGCAGAUGCGACACUUUACCAAGACUGUGGGUCUGUGGCGUCUGAUGUGGAGUUCACUGUGGAGGGCUGCGAGGUGCCACCUUGUUUACUGCCUCGUGGAGAUGUGGUCGAGGUUAACUUUAAAUUUACCGCAAGCAGAGACACGAGCACACUAACCAUCGGAGCUUGGGCCACCAUCGGAGGAAUCCAAUUCCCAUGGGAAGGUAUUGAUACGGAUGGAUGCCACUUCACAACGUGUCCCAUUACCGGUGGCUCCGUUGUUGACUGGACCAUGCCCGUAGAAAUUCUCACCGAGUACCCCGCGAUUAGCGUGGUGGUGACUUUCAAGUUGACGGACGACGCCGGGGAUCCCCAGACCUGUGCCAUGCUUCCGGCAACCAUCGUAUAAGCUUCCAUAUUUUUCUUAUAUGCCUCUUUUCCCAACCUCAUUUUUUGCCAUCCUUUUUUUCCCCCUCUUUUGGUCAUAUUUUACUCUCCAGCCUUUUCAAAUAGCCAAUAUGUUUCCCUUUAUGUUUUCAUGUUCUCGAAAAAACGUGGAAUGUACUUCUAGAUGAGAUUGUUUCUCUUGUUGUCACUGAUUAAUCCAUGAAAACAAAAGCAACACUCUUGGCAACUCAUAAAGUAUUGUUUUUUCCCUCGACCUUUUCACUCCUUUUCUUUUUUAUAUUUUUCUUUUCUGUCACCUUCUUUUAUAUUUCAAUAUCCAUAUCUGCUUUUGAUUUUCCCGCGACGCCCUUCCAAGAGAUCUCAAUGAUACUAAUAAAUAAUAAAAACUUAAAUCCAUAACAUAAUAGAGAAAACCUUAAGAAUCAAAUUAAUAUUUGUUCGUUUUAUUUGUUUAUUACGAAAUAAUAGGGAAGUAAAAAUAUUUUUAAAAAAUGGAAAAAAUGCCAAACGUCAUAUUUCUACACUAUACGCUAAUUAAGGCUGGCUGAAAAUGCUUUUAAAAUCUUUCCCAAAAUACUGAGUGUCAUUGCUUUCUCUUCUGUCACUAAUCUAUCUUGUGUUUAUUGUUUUUGCAUAUCAGCAAAAAAUUUCCGAUUUCUUUAUUUUUUUUUCUGACAUGAUUAUCUAAUUUUCUGUUCAAUGUUUCCUUUAAUGUGGUACCCUCGGAGUGCUAUUAAGAUUGAGCAUGCAGCACUCAGAUUAUUAUUAUUAUUUUUUGUUUAAAUAUAUUGUUCUGGAGCAAG